GAACCGUCCUACCCUCUGUCAAAUUAGAUUCCCAAAACAACCCCAUCUCCCAUAUUGGAUUUGUAAAACCACUUUUACUCUGGCAUAUUUGAACAUGAAACCACUGUCAAUGCCUCCAGGUAUAUUCUGGACACCAUCUCUCUACUUAUUUGUUAGGAUCAGUGGUUUAAUACAUCUAAUGAAAUUGUUUGCUUUCAAAGGUUUGCAGAGUUGUUCCAAUUCCCAGGAAAACUAAGGUGCGCUGUACAUGACGCUCACAAAAAGGAUCUUUUUAAUUGACUGCAUUGGAAUUGUUCAUUAAAACAGUGACUUUACUGUACUGAAAUAUGUGGUAUGUUUAAUCACCUAAUUGCUUUUACUUAUAUACUUUCUCUACACUUUCUCUCUGGAUGCAUAUAUACAACAAUGAGGCAAAGGCAUAUUUAAUUUAUUGUUGUUAUAGUACUUAUUCCAACAACUGAAUGCUGAAUUUCCUAGAAAAUCUCUUGUUAGUGGAGAACUUUCAGAGAUGGUAUAUAAACCUUAAGAGAGUUGGAAAAGGUUCUUUUGUGUAUCUUUGUGUAUGACACGGCAUAAUAUAAUAAUCAGUUCCAAUGUGAACAAUAAAUAGUAUAAUGCUUGAAAGGGUUAAUAAAUUCUUGAAGAAUAUAUAACAUCAUAUAAGUUAUCAUGCUCACACAUUUACCACUCAGACUCUUUGAACUAUUCUGAUAAUUACAAGUGCUAUCCUUACCUAUAGACAGAACAGAAUAUCAUUAAGUUAUCAUUCUUGCUCUAUCCAUCUUUGAGUUGUUUGGGUUUAGGCUAAGCAGAGUAACCAUGCAUCUUAGUACAACGUCUUCUUUUCUGCUUGCAUUUCAAGUUAACAAUUGGUUCCUAACAGGAAUUAUAUCCUCAUUAAACUAAUCAUUGUUCAAAUAUUAAUUCAAGUCAGAUAUGUUCUCACCAUCCAUCUUUUAAAGAAAAAUUAUUUCUGUUGGCGUUAUCUAACAUGUGAAACCUGAGUAUAAUGCUCUGAAUGCUGCAUGCAGAUGUCGUUGGUAAUUUUCUUCUCCCCUUAUUUCUAUUUCAUUGAAGAUUACUUGUAUGUUUUUCUAACUAUGCUUUGAUUUCUCUAUGCAGAAGCUGCACCAGUGGUUCGUAAAGAGAUUAGGUCAUCAGAAGCAACCCCUUCUUUGGAAAAUGUACAUAAUAGAUCCAAAUCAACCUCUCUUCAUUGACCUUAUAGAUUGUUUGAUACUGAAACCAACAUCAAAGAUGGGAACACUUUUUUUCUUGACCAAGAGUUGGAGCGUUGUGUUAAUCAAUUGAUGCUAUAUUC